GUUUCAAUUUUCCUUGGGUUUAUAGAUUCCCUAAUUUUUCUAGGUUUUUUUUUUAUGCGAUGGAAGAAGUUUCGACGGUGAAUGAAAUUGAAAAUCGGAAGACGAUGAUUGAGCCGAAGAAGCCGAGUAAGCGGAAGAGAGAACCCGCGGCGGUUGAGAAUCUAACUUCUGAUGAGAAAGAAGCUCAGAUCUCGUCGUUGAAUUUAGAGAUGAAAGGGCUUUUCGCGUAUUUUCGAGAAGUUAUGGAUCAGAGUAAGAGAACAGAUCUGUUUUCUAGGUUUAGUGAAUGUUCGUCUGUGAAUUCAAUGGUGGCUUUGUUGAUGGAGGAGAUGAGUUUGCCAUUGUCGAAGCUUGUUGAUGAGAUUUACUUGAAAUUGAAGGAGAAGACUGAAAGUGUUACUAUUGUAGCUGUGAAGAGUGCUAUUGUUUCUGUAGGUCAGAGAGUGAGUUAUGGUGUGCUUAAUGCAGAUGCUGAUGUUUUGGAGGAUGAUUCUGAAUCUUGUCUUUGGUGCUGGGAGACGAGAGAUCUGAAAAUGUUGCCGAAUUCUAUCCGUGGAGUGUUAAAAAUUCGCCGGACUUGUAGGAAAAAGAUUCAUGAAAGGAUUACAGCAGUUUCUGCAAUGUUAGCUGCAUUACAAAGAGAAGACACUGAAAAGUCGGGGAGAUCUGAUUUGAGCAAAGCGUCUGAGAAGCUUGGUAAAAUAUUAAGUGAGGUGGAUAUUCGAUCAUUCAUGGAUAACAUGAUGCAGAAAAACAGCACAGAGAUGGCUGAGAAAGACUCAAAGAGAGAAGAGAAGCUGCUUCUUAAACAGUUGGAGAAAAGUAGAUGUGAAGCUGAGAAGGAAAAGAAGAGAAUGGAACGUCAAGUAUUGAAAGAAAGAUUGCAACAAGAAAAGGAGCUGAAGCUACUGCAGAAAGCAAUUAUUGAUGAAAAUAAUAAAGAAAAGGAAGAGACUGAGUCAAGAAAACGGAUAAAGAAACAGCAAGAUGAGUCGGAGAAGGAGCAGAAGCGUAGAGAAAAGGAACAAGCCGAGCUAAAGAAGCAACUUCAAGUACAGAAACAAGCUUCAAUCAUGGAGCGGUUUCUUAAAAAAAGUAAAGACAGUUCAGUGACCCAACCCAAACUUCCUUCCAGUGAAGUAACUGCUCUAGAGCCGUCAUGUACAAAACAUGAUAAUGAAAGUGGAACAGUUAUUCAGGCCAUCGACAACGCCUUUUCAACAACUUGUGAAGCUACAGUUGAUGAUAUUCGCAGGGAACACUUUGCUUCCUGGCGUCAGUUGGGUCGUUCGCUCUUGAGUUCGAAAAAGCAUUGGGGGAUGCGUAGGCAGCCUAAGAGUGAACUGUUUCCAAAACUAAAACUAGCUACAUCUGAUGGUGAACCUAACAUGGAGAAGCAAGGGGAUGGACGUGAAGAGAAAAACUUUGAUGGUGUAACUUGCAUUAGGCAGUGUGAGUCUUCCUCAUCUGAUCGUAAGAAGUCCAGGAGGGCCAAGCAGUUGCUACAAUUUGAUAAAAGCUGCAGACCAGGCUUUUAUGGUAUCUGGCCUAGCCAAAGUCAAGUUGUAAAGCCACGUCGUCCUCUGCAAAAGGAUCCAGAAUUGGAUUAUGAAGUUGAUAGUGAUGAAGAAUGGGAAGAGGAAGAAGCUGGUGAAAGCCUUUCAGAUUGUGAGAAAGAUGAAGACGACAGUUUGGAAGAAGGAUGUUCAAAGGCUGAUGAUGAAGAUGAUAGUGAAGAUGACUUUAUGGUUCCUGAUGGAUAUCUAUCAGAAGAUGAGGGGGUCCAAGUGGACAGAAUGGACAUUGAUCCGUCUGAACAGGAUGCAAGUACGCCAUCAUCUAAGCAAGAUCAAGAAAAUCAAGAGUUUUGCGUAUUACUCCAACAACAAAAACAUCUGCAAAGUUUAACUGACCACGCUCUCAAGAAAACGCAGCCACUGAUCAUAUGUAACCUAACGCAUGAGAAGGUCCCUCUCUUAGCUGCUAAAGAUCUAGAAGGGACACAAAAAGUGGAACAAAUAUGUCUACGAGCUCUCAUGGUGCGACCAUUCCCUUGGUCUUCUCUCAUUGAGAUAUCGAUCAAUGACAUUCAAGAUGAGGAUCAAGAAACCAGCAAGUCUUCUUGUAGCCAGAGCACUCCUCCAUCUAAUUCAAAAGCAAAAUCCAUACCCGACUCAGAUUUGCUUACAGUUGUAUCAACUAUUCAAUCAUGCUCUCAAGGUAUCAAUAGAGUAGUUGAAACAUUGCAGCAGAAGUUCCCUGAUGUUCCAAAGACCAAGCUUAGACAAAAAGUGCGUGAAAUAUCAGAUUUCGAGGAUAGUCGUUGGCAGGUAAAGAAAGAAGUAUUAACAAAGCUUGGAUUAUCACCAUCACCAGAUAAAGGCGUCACCAAUCCAGCAACCAUGGGAAACUCUAGAAUUCAAGUUAACAAAGCUCACAAGACUAGAUUUACCUCCAAAUCUUCUCGUAAUCUCCACAGAACUUCCCUCCAAGAUAGUUGCCGGAUUGGGAAAUCAGACAGUAAUAACUAUGUUAAAGGUGCUAAAGCUGCUCGUCUUCAGCGUGGCAAGAUGCUUCGAGAGCAGAAAAGGGCAACAGUUUUGAAGGAGAAGAGAGCAUCAGGAGGAUUAAACAGUGCUCCUCGUGUUAUCGUUUUGUUUCCUCUCUCUGUUUCUGUGGAAUUGGAUUCACUUAAUGAAAAUAUCUUAAAGCUAUUAUCUUCUGAUGGUUCUGGAGUCGUUUCUUCUUCCACAGUUGCAUCUUCUGAGUAUAAGCUUAAAGCAACUGUUGCUGAUUUGAUGGCUUUUGUUGCAUCUGCAAGCUCUCCAUGGGAAGAGAAUAAAUCUAACUAUAUAGAUUCAUUUGGAAAUCAGUGUCUUUCUGUGUUUAGAUCAAUUGGUCUACCAAGCACCACUUUAUUGAUUCGUGAUUUACCGAGUGAAUUAAAAAAGAAAAAUGAGCUGAAGAAGAUAUGUGCCUCUCAACUUGCUUCUGAAUUUCCUGAGGAUUGUAAGUUUUAUCCAGCAGAUACCAGAGAUGAGUUGCAUAAGUUUAUGUGGUUAUUCAAGGCACAAAGGCUUACUGUACCUCAUUGGCGGAGUCAAAGAACAUAUGUUGUGGCUCAGAAGGUUGGGAUGCUGGUGGAUGAUGAAAGCUCAGGAAAGUGCACUCUACUUCUCUCUGGUUACUUGCGUGCUCGCAAACUGUCUAUAAAUCAGCUGGUCCAUGUUUCUGGCGUUGGUGAUUUUCAGUUCUCAAAAAUUGAAGUGCUAAACGACCCAUUUCCUUUGAAUGAAAGGAAAAAUCAGAAUUCCAUGGAAUUAGAUGCUUUACAUGAUGAAGAGGUAUUGAAGUCUCUGGUUUCUGAUCCUAUAAAACAAGAGCCUUUAGUAGUUGAAAACACUCCAGAUCCUUUAGCAGGGGAACAGACAUGGCCAACAGAGGAAGAAAUGGCUGAGGCUGACAAAAAUCAGAAACAGGGAAAGUUAAAGAAGAAGACUUUGCCGAGAGGGACUUCAGAAUAUCAGGCUGCUUGGAUUGUGGAUGACACAGAUGAAGAAGAUUCUGAUAUUGGUGAUUCUGAUGAUAACGGUAUGGUAUUGGAUAGAGAAGAGGAUGCCAAUGAGGAAAGAAAGUAUGACCAAGAAUUUGAGGAUGACGAAAAAUCACUGAACGUGCGGGAUUUUGAUAGUGGAACUCAGAAUGACUCCGAGAUGAUGGAUGAUGAAGACUUGACAGAUGAACAAAUUAAGGAUGAAAUAAAGAAAAUCAAAGAGGCACAUGCUGAUGACGAGGAAUUUCCAGAUGAAGUAGAGACUCCCAUUGAUGUUCCUGCAAGAAGACGUUUCGCUAAGUACAGGGGUCUUAAAUCCUUCCGAACCUCCUCGUGGGAUCCAAAUGAGUCUCUACCUCAGGACUAUGCCAGAAUUUUUGCUUUUGAUAACGUUGCCCGGACUCAAAAGCUUGUGCUCAAACAAGCCCUGAAGAUGGAAGAAGAAGACAGAGAUGAUUGUGUACAGACCGGGUCAUAUGUCCGACUGCAUAUUAAGGAAGUGCCUCUUGGUGCUGCCUCUAAACUAUCCUCCCUUGUGAACACAAAACCCAUUAUAGGAUUUGGGCUUUUACAACAUGAAUCCAAGAUGUCAGUUCUGCAUUUUAGUGUAAAGAAGUAUGAUGGUUACGAAGCUCCUAUUAAAACGAAAGAAGAACUUAUGUUCCAUGUUGGUUUCCGUCAAAUCAUUGCAAGGCCGGUAUUUUCAACCGACAAUUUCAGCUCAGACAAGCACAAGAUGGAGAGAUUCUUGCAUUCAGGGAGUUUCUCGUUGGCUUCAAUAUACGGCCCAAUAUCUUUCCCACCCCUUCCUUUGGUAGCUCUAAAGAUAUCUGAAGGGUCAGAUCCUGCCAUUGCUGCCCUUGGUUCCUUGAAAAGCAUUGAACCCAACAAAAUAAUUUUAAAGAAAAUAAUAUUAACUGGGUAUCCUCAGAGAGUAUCAAAAAUGAAAGCAUCAGUCAGAUAUAUGUUCCACAACCCAGAAGACGUGAAAUGGUUCAAGCCUGUAGAAGUGUGGUCAAAAUGUGGUCGUCGUGGUCGUGUGAAGGAGCCAGUGGGCACACAUGGGGCGAUGAAAUGCAUAUUCAAUGGAGUGGUGCAGCAACAUGACAUUGUGUGCAUGAACUUAUACAAACGCGCUUACCCUAAGUGGCCUGAGCGUCUGUACCCGCAGCUUCUCUGAUUCCUCCAUUUAUAGAAUGAAGUUGAUUAUGUUCA